UCCGAGAGGCCCGAAAACAAUUUUAAGAUGGCGGCUGCGGCGGUAGCGCGGAAAACAAUGGGGCCGGGGCGGUGGGGACAGGCCGAGGCUUGAGGUAGGCAGCAAGCGCCGGCUGGGGGUCGGGCCGAGCGGGGCAGGAGGAAAACCCGCCGCCGCGCGCGAGCCCGCUCCACUGCCCUCGGGGGCAUGGCGCGGCCGUGAGGCGGACAGGGGUAGCCGCGGGGAACGAAGCCCGCAGUGCCAGCCGGCCCCGAGAGGCCCGGCCCCGGGCCCGGCCCGUGCAGCCCGCGGCCCAUGGUGCUGCCCACCUGCCCCAUGGCGGAGUUCGCGCUGCCGCGGCACAGCGCGGUCAUGGAGCGCCUUCGCCGGCGCAUCGAGCUGUGCCGGCGCCACCACAGCACCUGCGAGGCCCGCUACGAGGCCGUGUCGCCCGAGCGCCUGGAGCUGGAGCGCCAGCACACCUUCGCCCUGCACCAGCGCUGCAUCCAGGCCAAGGCCAAGCGCGCCGGCAAGCACAGGCAGCCGCCCGCCGCCACAGCCCCGGCGCCCGCCGCCACAGCUCCGGCGCCCGCCACCGCGGCCCCGCGCCUGGACGCCGCUGACGGCUCGGAGCACGGCCGCCCGGCCACGCAUCUUCAUGAUACAGUUAAGAGGAAUCUUGACAGAGCCACUUCCCCUCAGAAUGGUGAUCAACAGAAUGGCUACGGGGACCUCUUUCCUGGGCAUAAGAAGACUCGCCGGGAGGCCCCUCUGGGAGUUGCCAUCUCUUCCAAUGGACUGCCUCCAGCCUCCCCACUUGGUCAGUCUGACAAGCCUUCUGGAGCCGACGCCCUGCAGUCCAGUGGGAAGCACUCUCUGGGGCUAGACUCUCUCAACAAAAAGCGUCUGGCUGACUCCAGCCUCCACUUGAAUGGAGGCAGUAACCCCAGUGAGUCAUUUCCUCUGAGCCUGAAUAAAGAACUGAAGCAGGAGCCUGUCGAAGACCUGCCUUGCAUGAUCACUGGGACUGUCGGCUCCAUAUCGCAAAGCAACCUCAUGCCAGACCUCAACCUUAACGAGCAGGAGUGGAAGGAGCUCAUCGAGGAGCUGAACAGGUCGGUGCCCGAUGAAGACAUGAAGGACCUGUUUAAUGAGGACUUUGAGGAGAAGAAGGACCCAGAGUCUUCUGGCUCUGCCACACAAACCCCCUUGGCACAGGACAUUAAUAUUAAGACGGAAUUCUCUCCAGCAGCCUUUGAGCAAGAACAGUUAGGCUCUCCACAAGUGAGGGCCGGGUCUGCAGGGCAGACCUUUCUGGGGCCUUCGUCUGCCCCUGUGAGUACAGAUUCCCCCAGCCUAGGGGGCUCCCAAACGUUAUUCCACACCUCUGGUCAGCCCGGGACAGACAAUCCCAGUCCAAACCUGAUGCCGGCAUCAGCCCAGGCCCAGAACGCACAAAGAGCCCUUGCAAGUGUGGUAUUGCCCAGUCAGGGCCCAGGAGGGGCCUCAGAGCUGUCCUCUGCCCACCAGCUCCAGCAGAUCGCUGCCAAGCAGAAGCGCGAGCAGAUGCUCCAGAACCCACAGCAGGCCACCCCGGCACCGGCCCCGGGCCAGAUGUCCACAUGGCAGCAGACGGGGCCCUCCCACAGUUCCUUAGAUGUCCCUUACCCCAUGGAGAAGCCUGCCAGCCCUUCCAGCUACAAGCAAGACUUCACCAACUCCAAACUGCUCAUGAUGCCUAGUGUGAAUAAGAGUUCCCCUCGGCCCGGAGGCCCCUACCUCCAGCCCAGCCAUGUGAACCUGCUGAGUCACCAGCCACCGAGUAACUUGAAUCAGAACUCCGUGAAUAACCCAGGGUCUGUGCUGGACUACGGCAAUACAAAACCCCUUUCUCAUUACAAAGCGGACUGUGGGCAAGGCAGCCCGGGGUCUGGCCAGAGCAAGCCAGCCCUGAUGGCUUAUCUUCCCCAGCAGCUGUCCCAUCUGAGUCACGAGCAGAACUCCUUGUUUCUGAUGAAGCCAAAGCCAGGAAAUAUGCCUUUCCGAUCACUGGUUCCACCUGGCCAGGAGCAGAACCCUUCCAGUGUCCCUGUGCCAGCCCAGGCUGCCAGUGUUGGGACCCAGCCUCCUGCCGUGUCCGUGGCCAGCUCCCACAACAGCUCCCCCUAUCUCAGCAGCCAGCAACAGGCCGCUGUAAUGAAGCAGCAUCAGUUGCUUUUGGACCAACAGAAACAAAGGGAGCAGCAGCAAAAGCAUUUACAGCAACAGCAGUUCCUUCAGAGGCAACAGCACCUUCUCGCAGAACAGGAGAAGCAACAGUUUCAGCGCCAUCUGACCCGCCCACCACCCCAGUACCAAGACGCGACACAAGGCAGCUUCCCACAGCAGGUUGGACAGUUCACAGGGUCCUCUGCUGCCGUGCCCGGCAUGAACACCUUGGGUCCAUCCAACUCCAGCUGUCCUCGAGUGUUCCCUCAGGCUGGGAAUCUGAUGCCAAUGGGCCCUGGACACGCUUCAGUUUCCUCUCUCCCCACAAACUCAGGCCAACAGGACCGGGGUAUGGCUCAGUUCCCUGGCUCCCAAAACAUGCCUCAGAGCAGCCUCUAUGGCAUGGCUUCUGGCAUAACCCAGAUAGUUGCCCAGCCCCCGCCACAGGCCACCAAUGGACAUGCCCAUAUUCCACGGCAGACCAGCGCGGGCCAGAACACCUCCGUCUCAGCUGCCUAUGGGCAGAACUCUCUGGGAAGCUCUGGCCUCUCCCAGCAGCACAAUAAGGGGACCCUGAACCCUGGUUUAACAAAGCCACCAGUCCCAAGGGUGUCACCAGCCAUGGGAGGCCAGAAUUCCUCCUGGCAGCAUCAGGGAAUGCCGAACCUGAGUGGCCAGACCCCAGGGAACAGCAACGUGAGUCCCUUCACUGCAGCCUCCAGUUUCCACAUGCAGCAGCAGGCCCACCUGAAAAUGUCUAGCCCGCAGUUCUCCCAGGCAAUGCCCAACAGGCCCAUGGCUCCCAUGAGCUCAGCAGCUGCCGUGGGGUCCUUGCUACCCCCAGUGAGUGCACAGCAGAGGACCAGCGCCCCUGCCCCAGCACCACCCCCAACAGCCCCUCAGCAGGGCUUGCCUGGCCUGAACCCAGCAGGGCCUGAGCUGGGGGCCUUCAGCCAGAGCCCUGCCUCACAGAUGGGCGGUCGGGCGGGGCUGCACUGCACCCAGGCCUACCCUGUGCGGACUGCGGGCCAGGAGCUGCCUUUUGCCUACAGCGGGCAGCCAGGUGGCAGUGGGCUCUCUAGUGUGGCUGGACACACCGAUCUGAUCGACUCCCUGCUGAAGAACAGGACUUCCGAGGAGUGGAUGAAUGAUUUGGACGACCUGUUAGGGUCUCAGUAAUGGAAGGAUUUGUAGUGAUUUUAGUGUUCAUUCAUCCUAUAUUUUUAUUCUCAAAUUCAAAGAAAGAGCAACUACUUUGGACCAAAAGCCCAUGGCCUGGGGAGCUGGGCAGGUAUAGCCCAAGCUCCAGGUGAGGCUGGCCCUGGGCAGGGUCUGUGGCUGCGCCCCUCAGGCCAGCAGUUGAGGUCCAUCGGGCUGGCCCCAGCCCAUCUGCUGGCAUCAGUACCUGGUGUUGGGACAGCAGGAUAGGGUUCUAAAGGUGGUUUUCUAUCCAAAUGACCAAAAAACCAACAGUAACAACAGUGAAACCCCACAAUAUCAGGCUUAUAAAAAUCUGUGCCAUCAUGGUGAUUUUAUCCAAGAUUUUUCCACUUACCCCAGUGUUGGGGACAAGUUUUUGUUGAAACUUUAUAUAGCAGAAUUAUUUGCAAUUUGUAGCAUAGAAAAGAUUUUUAAAUUUUUUUACAAAAGGUUUUUAAACAGAUUAGGGUAGGUGAUGGUUUAAAUCAAUUAAGUGGCAUUGGAAACCUAGGGUUUCCUUUUGAUUAAGAGCCUUUUUUGUUUCUGCUCUUUGUCAGCUUUCAGGGGAGAAGGAGGCCACUGGAAAAUUAUUUCCCUAAGUGCAGGCUGUUGACUGCGUAUGCCAAAAAGGGACAGGAGGCAUAGAAUAGUAGGUCUGGUGACACAGCUAGGGUCUUCCUAGCAGCUCCUCCUCCUCCCUCCCAAGGCCCCCAGGAAUCCCUUCCUCCCAUGUCCUGGCAGCCGGACCCCAGGCUACAUGUGGAAGGUAGAGAUGUGGGGGUCCUGUGUCCUGGAGUAUUAUGUCUCCCCACCUUCUGCAGUUUCUCUGAACGUGUAUGUUGCCCAUGGUGGGAGCGUGGUCAUUGUGCAGUUGUGCACAGAUGUCUUUCCUUUACCUGUGGCCUUUCUGUGUGCCUCUCCUUCCUCUCUGCAGCCCAAAUGGAAAACAAUUAUUUACUCCAUUGGAGGGGGAAAGCAAGAGUCUUAGAAUUCCUAAGGGAACCCUAGCAUAAAGGUUUUGGGGAAGGAGGCCGCAGGCCGGCCCAGAGGAAGCAAUUCCACUUUGUUUGACAACUUCUGCCACUCCCAUGUCAGAUGACUUGCACUUUUUAAAGAGAUUGCUUUAUAACACUAAGACAUCCUUUCUAAAGAUUCAAGUGGACUUGACUAAGCUGAGGGUCCGCAAAAUAGAAUAUGACAUGUGAGCUGUUUUUUGAAAACGAAGAUGGAGAGAGCACUUCCCCGUAACGAAAGCAAAGUGGUAAGCACAGGGUGAGACCCUUUUACACAGAAUGGUGGAGAGAAAAGAGAAUGCUGAAAAGUGGCUCAGAUGCAGAGUGUUCUAUGGAGAAACUGCAGCCCCAUUUCUGUUUCCCUGGAGUCUCCCAGCGGAUCAUUCAGGAGUGUCCUAUGUGAGAAUUGAGCCAAGGAAAAUACUCUGCAACCAGCCUGAGUCGCGGUGAGGGGCCGAGAGGUUGUACACACAUCGGUAGUUACUUUGCACCAGCAGUGCCUUUCUCACUGGGGGUACUUGGACCCUCAGAUCUUCUUUUCUAAUAGCCAUUUGCCACCCCAGGUGGUAUGUCGGCCAUUUCUCCUUAAAACACCUUCCCUACCUUUCCCAUGUACUCAGUUUAGCUCUCAAAGAAGGGGUGACUCAUAAAGCCAGUGAAAAUUCCACCCUCUGAGCGAGUUCCCCAGUCUGAAGGGGAAGAGGGUGGCCUCAGCGGCUUUUCUCCCAAAAAUCGGCUGAAGGCUGGUUGUGGAUCCUUGUUCCUCUCCUGACCCCAUCUGGCUGCUGCCCCGUCUCCCACCGCUGUCCCCAGGGCUUGCUGGCCCUGCACUCUGCCUUAGUCCUGGGGCCGGCGACACAGUGGGCUCCUCACUUGCUGCAGUGUCAUAGCAAUAAAAUGUGAUUCUUGGGGUCCCCCCAGGGAGCUGCCCAUGGCUUUAUUUAUGAAUCUGGCUUUCGGGAGUCAGGGGAGGAGAUGACUUUGCUUCUGUGCACAGCCCCAUCUUCCAGGAGCCACGACUCAGAAGAAAAGGGUGCUCAGACUUUUGUUAUACACAUUUGCUUUGUGUAAAUAAAUGUUUACAAUUUUAUAUGAAAGAUGGAAUAAGCGCUAGAGCUUCCAACUGUAUAUUUUUUACUUUUAUAGAUUUUAAAACUAUGAUCCUUUAUAUGUGUGUUUUGGGGGAGCUAUGAUAAGUUUUAUGGCAAACGGUUGGUAUUGUUAACUUUUUAUUGUCAUCAAAAGUGCAUAAAAGUCCUAUUAAUCCCCAUAUUCUUCUACUGCCCUUAACUCUGGUAUACACCAAAAAGAAAUCUUUACUUUCCUUGUUUUAUCAUUAUAAAAAUAAAGUAUUUUGCUAGUAUGGAAACAA